AUGCGGUUUCUUGUGUCAUCGGGAAGCAAGUCUAUCGAUAAUAGUCUUAUGUUACGUUAGACUAAAACAUUUUUCUCUGGAAAAUCACGAAUGGCAAAUGCCCCUCUCAUGCCGCCAGGGAGUAAGUGCAAUUUUUCUUGUUAAAGACCCUUUUUUAUCUUAUUGUGGAUAAGUCUUGGCAUUUAUGGCAUGGGAAAGUUUAGAGUACACCACUAUGAUUUUGACAUUAAGUGAAUUAUUAAUUAAGCAUGGCCUCUAAAUUAUCUUGCCCUAUUGUCUCCUAUUUAUUUACCACACAAGCCACAAUGCAUCCUCUGGUAUUUUCAUUUUAUUUUCUCUAAUAUGUCAGACAAAUCUAUAUGUAAAGUAAGGGGAGAGUUUUUUCCUAUAUAAUGAAGUGUCAUAAUCAUGUUCAAUCCUCGUCAUUUUAGGCACAUAGAUGGCGACCACAAACUCGUUACACCGUAUCGGUUCGUCAUACAUGGUGCAAUUGAUGGGUAUUCAAGACUGAUUGUAUACUUAAAUGGAUCAACAAAUAAUCGAGCAGACACUGUUUUUCAGCUAUUUAGAGAGGCAACAGCGAUAUAUAACAUCCCUUCAAGAGUCAGAAGUGACAUGGGUCUGGAAAACAUAGAUGUCGCGCGAUUCAUGUUACAGACAAGAGGGUGCAACAGAGGAAGCAUUAUUACUGGGAAUUCUGUUCACAAUCAGAGAAUAGAACGACUGUGGCGGGAGGUCAAUCGGAUUGUUGUAAGUAGGUUUUUGAACAUAUUCAUCUUCUUAGAAAACAGAGGAGUUUUUAUCCCAACAGAUGAAGUACACCUUUACUGUCUUCAUAUUGUUUAUCUCCCGUUAAUCAAUGCAGCGUUAACAGAAUUUGUGGCUCAGUGGAAUGACCACCUAGUCACUACUGAAACCAAUUUUUGCCCACGCCAAAUGUGGACACAAGGGAUGUUACAACUUAGGAAUUCCAACCUAACAGCUGUCCGAGACAUUGUCGAUGGUGUACCUAGUAAUGUAGAAGAUUUUGGGAUUGAAGAAGAAGGGCCAGUUCCUACUUCACAUCCUGAUUUAGUGAGUGUUCCACAGUCCACUGUAGAAGUAUCCUAUGAGCAAGAGACAGCAAUUCAAAAAGCAAUCGCUGCAGUACCCCUGGAUGAAAAUGGAAUUACUUCGUAUCUUACAGCACUUUCGGCAUUUGAGAGGUUAAUUGAGUAA